AUGUCUGGCAAACCAGUAUUUGUGGCCACGCACCCCCGUGCCUGCUCCACAGCUUUCGAGAGGGUCUUCAUGACCCGGCGGGACAUUCUCCAAUGCGCCCACGAGCCAUUCGGUGAUGCCUUCUACUACGGCCCCGAGAGGCUGAGUGAGCGGUAUGCCGACGACGAAGCUGCUAGGGAGAGCAGUGGCUUUUCCAAGACCACAUAUCAGGAUGUCUUCGACCGACUUGUGAAAGAUGGCAGCGAGGUUCGACAUCUCUUCAUUUCCAGCGGCACUUUGGACCCUUUUGAACGCAUAUGA